AUGGAAGAAAUAGAUGUUGAAAAACAUUAUGCUGGUCAUCCAACUAUCUUCUCCAUCAGAUUUUUCUAUGGUGGAGAGUUUACGAAGUUUCCUGGAAGGAAGUACAUCAAGGGCAAUGAAAGAUACGUCUAUCUAUUGGAUAUUGAUGAGUUUUGUGUGCACCAUAUUGAUGAGAUGAUGGAGACCCUAGGCUGUGUUGAGGAGGGUAAGUUGCUUUAUUACCACUUCAAAAGGCCCUUUUCAGAUUUGGACUUUGGGUUGUUUGCAUUGGCUAGUGAUAGUGAAAUUAACCAUUUGGGUACAUACAUGGGCAAACAUAAACUGAUUGAAUUUUAUGUUGAACAUGAACCUGAAGGGAUUACUCAUGAAAGUAACAAUAGAGAUGAUGAUGAUGAUGAUAGCAAUGCUAGUGAUGAUAUUGGUGAUAGUGAGUUCAUAGUAGACUUAGAUAACCUCCUAGAUGAACCUGAGAUAGAUAUGAAUGAGUUUCUGUUACAUAUUGAUGAAGAUAUAGAGUAG